UUGUAUGGAUGUGUGGCUUAUACAUCACUACAUCUCUCUCUCCGCAAGUCUCUUCAUCGUUUUGUGCAUAAUCUCCUUCCACUGGAUACUGUUUCCGACAUCGAUACACGGCUUCGAGUUUCUUCUUCUUCUUCUUUGGUCUGAUUUUUCCUUUUUCUCUCUCUGGACUGAAUGAGCUCCCUAUGCCUUCCUUGGAUAUAGCUGCUGUUCAGCCUUCCUUGCAAGCUCAUCUUGUUCCAUUGGGGGCUCAAAAUAUUAUCCAGGCUAAAACUUUACCGAAUCCAUGGAAACAAUCGCAGUUUUCUAAGCAUUUGGAGCUCUAUGCUGGGCAUCACCACACCAGAGGAUGCAAACUUAUCAUUGCUACAGUUGCCACAGUUGAAACCAAAAGCCGGGUUCAGAGAGAAACAGAACCAAGCGGUUCACUGGUGUCGCCUUGUCCAAGCAUCUCGAGCAAUCAAAAUGGAAACACUGUUGACGAAGAUGUGGAACAAGUGGAUGAAAGAGAAAGGUUGAGAAGGAUGAGGAUUUCCAAGGCAAAUAGGGGGAAUACCCCUUGGAACAAAGGCAGGAAGCACAGUCCAGAAACCCUUCAGAAGAUUAGAGAAAGAACAAAGAUUGCAAUGCAGAAUCCAAAGAUCAAAAUGAAAUUGGCGAGUCUUGGGCGUGCACAGAGCAAGGAGACGAGAUUGAAAAUUGGGGAAGGAGUGCGGCAGCGAUGGGAAAGGCGGAAAGAGGGGAUUAUGGUGCAGGAAGGCUGUCAUUACGAGUGGCAAAACUUGAUAGCAGAAGCUGCUAGAAAAGGAUCUACCAAUGAGGCAGAGCUUCAGUGGGAUUCUUACAAGACCUUGGAUGAACAGCUUCAACAGGAAUGGCUCGAAAGCAUAGAACAGAGGAAAGUAAUGCGAGGGGGCAAAGGUAACAGGCGAGCUCCCAAGUCUCCGGAACAAAGACGGAAAAUUGCAGAAGCCAUAGCCGCUAAAUGGGCUGAUCCUGCUUACCGAGAGCGGGUUUGCUCUGGCUUGUUGAGAUAUCACGGAACAUCUGAUGGAACCGAGAAACGCAGGAGAAAACCUAGCAGCAAUGCGGAACCCAGAAAGAGGAGCCCUGCAAAGAAAAGCAGGAGGAAUGCGGAGAAUUCUUCAGGAAGUGACAAUCGAAGCCAAAUUCAACUAAUGAAACUGCGGAAACGUAAAACCCCCGUGUAUAAAGAUCCUUUCGCAAGUUCAAAACUGGAAAUGAUAAAGAGUAUCAGAGCAAAGCGAGUAGCAGAAGAAUCUAAGAAAAUGGAAGCUGUAGAUCGGGCAAGGGAACUGAUUGCAGAAGCUGAGAACGCGGCAAAGGCACUCGAGCUUGCUGCAAUGAAAAACCCAGUUGCUCAAGCAUCGUUGUUAGAGAGUAGAAAGCUCAUAGCCGAAGCAACCCAACUGAUUGAAUCUAUAGAAGAUGAGACAUUCUCAUCUGCUCUGCCAAAUCAGCCAACUAGUCUUGUGGAGUUAAACAUGGGCCCUCAGAACAGAGACACAAACAAACAGAAACCAGAAGGCAUCAAUGGAGCCCAUUAUAUGUUCCAAUUCACCAUGAGCAAAGACAACUCCUGUAUCACAGUGAACGGUAACAGCAAAAAUCUUCUAUUGAGCUCUAGGUCCAGUGAUUUACAGCCAUUCAGCUCUGAAGGUAUGGCCAAGCAGUCUGUUCAUGCAAAACAACUCAACGAUGUCGAGGGAGACAGAGCUGUGAAACUCGGGACAAACCCUCACCCGAAUGGAACCAGAGUUCUCCCCUCAGAACCGAACAGAACAGUUGGACUUCUGGAGAAUCCUGUUCCAAACGGUACCAAAGUCCAGAUCGCCGAGGAAAAGGUUGCACCUUUGAAACCAGGAGCCAUAACCAGAAAAUGGGUCCGUGGAAGACUGGUCGAAGUCACAGAAACAACCUAACUUUUGUCUGUAGGACAUAUCAGAUCAUCUAGAACUAAACUCAAUAGUCGAUCAUAUGUCAGAUUCUAAAGCUGCAGGAGGUAUGUAUGUAUGUGGCAUCUGGCGACCCAGCAGAGGAAAUGGUAUCGUAAAAUAGCUCGUAGUGAUUGAAAUUUUGGCAUACAGUUUCAUACUCGAGCAGCAUUUUUUCCAGUUUGUAAUGAGCCAUUGUAUCUACAACAGUAACUUGAUCAUUGUAUGAAGAAUUUCAGGUUAGUUGCCAUUCAUCUAGAA